AUGCAUUUCUCUUAUUUUGCCUCAGUUGUAUUGAUUGUUCCGGGAAUCAUCGCUGCUGCUCUUCCCAGCUCUAAUACACCUUCCUUACGUCCAUCACUUGUCUCUCAUGAAAAGCGACAUGCCCCUCAUACACAAUGGAUGAAGCGCGACCGAAUUGCGAGCAUGACUUUACUUCCUGUGCGUAUCGGUCUAGCUGAGGGCAAUCUCGAAAAAGGACAUGACUUCCUUAUGGAUGUCUCGCAUCCAAAAUCCUCAAAUUAUGGAAAACACUGGACAGCAGAACAGGUACAUGAAAUGUUUGCACCCUCGGAUGAAGCGAUUGAUACUGUACGAAACUGGCUGGUCGACUCCGGAAUUGCGGCUAGUCGAAUUGUUCACUCCGAUACAAAGGGGUGGUACGCAUUCGAUGCGACGACGAGUGAGCUCGAGUCACUACUCAAUACUCAAUAUUAUACAUACGAGCAUUCGUCAACUGACGAAAUAGCCGCAGCAUGUGAUGAGUACCACCUUCCAGCUUAUGUACAACCACAUGUGGAUUACAUUACUCCUGGAGUAAAACUUAUCUCCACCAAAAAGGGGCGAGUAUCCAAACGUAGCACCAAUCUGGGGAGGGAGAAGGGCCAUGGACCGUUGCGACGACCAAAGAACGCAUUCAACCCCCACCCAUACUAUGAUCCGAGCUCAUUAGCGAAUUGUGACGAAACCAUCACUCCAGCCUGUAUCAAAGCCCUCUAUCAUAUACCUCUCGCCAAUAAAGCAAAUCCCAAUAAUGCAAUGGGCAUCUGGGAAGAAGGAGACUUCUAUGAUCAAGAAGAUCUGAAUCUGUUCUUUGCGAAUUAUACCCCAUACAUUCCACAGGGUACACAUCCAAUUCCUGGUUUUGUGGAUGGCGCCGUGGCUCCAGUCAGUGUUUCUGAAGGAGGUGGGGAAUCUUCUUUAGAUUUUGAAUUGGCAUAUCCUUUAUUGUAUCCCCAGAAACUCGUACUAUAUCAAACAGAUGAUAUCAACUAUUCCAACGAAAAUCCUACCGCGGGCGCAUUCAAUACAUUUCUCGAUGCUAUUGAUGGAUCAUACUGCACAUAUUCAGCUUAUGGCGAGACUGGCGAUGACCCUGUUCUUGAUCCUGCCUACCCUGAUUCUGCAGCAGAUGGUUACAAAGGAAAGCUGAUGUGUGGUGUUUACAAGCCCACAAAUGUAGUUUCAACGUCCUACGGUGAAGCAGAAAUUGAUCUUCCCGAAUACUACAUGAAGAGACAAUGCAAUGAAUACUUGAAACUUGGCUUACAGGGACACACUUUUCUCUAUUCUUCUGGGGAUUUUGGCGUUGGCGGGGUUCCUGGUGAUGCCACAGAAAGCGGAUGCUUGGGUCCAAACCAAACCAUCUUCAAUCCUCAAUUUCCUGUUAACUGUCCAUACGUCACAGCAGUCGGUGCCACGAAAGUCUACCCGGGCCAUACAGUUUUCGAGCCCGAGAGUGCUGCCAACGAUCUAGCAGGUCAACCAUACUCUCGUGCAUACUCUUCAGGGGGAGGGUUUAGUAAUGUUUACAAUACUCCCUCGUACCAAAAAGAAGCAGUAGCCACAUAUUUCGCGAAUCACAACCCUCCUUAUGCCUACUACGAAGACAAUGCAGGUUUUAGGGCUAGUAGUGGAGUUUACAACCGCGCUGGAAGAGGUAUCCCGGAUGUUUCUGCAAAUGGAGAUAACAUUGCAACAUUCUUAAAUGGAGAAUUCACUUUGAAUGGUGGGACAAGUGCGAGCACGCCCAUUUUCUCUUCUGUCAUUAAUUUGAUAAACGAAGAACGUCUCGCGGCCGGAAAAUCUACAGUUGGAUUCAUUAAUCCAGUGCUUUAUUCCAAUCCUCAAGUUCUGAACGAUAUCACAAAUGGAAGUAAUCCUAAUUGCGGUACAGCUGGGUUUAGCGCUGUGCCUGGCUGGGAUCCUGUAACUGGUCUUGGAACACCAAAUUAUCCCAAGCUGCUGGAGUUGUUUCUCGGUCUGCCUUGA